AUGCAGCCGCAGCAGCAGCAGCCGCACCCCGCCAUGUCCGGGUCGGUGCCCUCCCACUUUCCUCUAGCCAGCAUCACCACCGAACAAAUCCAGAAGGUCCGUGGGGGGUUCAGACGGUCGGGCCCGUCGCGACCCUCUUUGAUGCUACACGCUUCCUAGUUCCCUCUAUUAGUCAUUUUGAUUUACGUUUUGCCUUCCUUAUUGUACCGUGCUGAGCAUUUUCUUGGGACAAAAUUUACUCUUCUGAGGUUUCAUUGACGAGAGAACGCUUCCACAGUGCGAUAUCCCAACUGUAACGAUGCUCUCUUUAGUUGCAUCAUCUGCGAUCAUGUAUCCGACAUUCAUUUGGAUAGAUAGUAUGGAAAGAGAAAAGGUAGCAGAAAGCAUAAAACUGUGAAUGGCACAAGAACGUAAGGAGGGUGGAGAUGAGUUUUUCUUCUUAGGCUUUACCUUGUUGAUUUCAUUUCGUUUCGAAGAACCAUGGAUUCAUGAGUACAUGAUAACUUUAGUGUUCUUUAAGAAUGAAUCAAUUGAAAACUAAACAUCACAUCUAUUGUUUGAUAGUUUCAAAGAAGCUUUUGACUGCCCAAUUCCUGUUCAGUGCCAAAAUCCAUAUUUGUAGCUGUCUGCCCCCCAAGGAUCCUUUUCGAUGGUUUACACGUUUUUUAGCAAGUGGAUGUAUCUCCCAAGACACCUUAUUUCUCAGACACUCUUCGCUACUCAGGCUUGGAAUUGCUUGACUUAACCUCCCAUGAGUUUCGAGGUUGCCUCAUUCAAUCUGGACUAUCAAGGCACGCUUUGAUGUUCCCAUUUCAAUCUCACACGUAAUGGAUGUAGACUGGUUGUUCAUCAUGUCUGCUGCUACCUUAUUUGGAUAUUGUCAAAGAUUUGGUAGCCUUCAUAUCAAGUUUGAGCUUAAACAGCACAUAUAUCUGUCAAACAGAACGAACAGAAAUAGAAUCAGAUCGAUUCCCGAAAUGCCUUUUUGGAUCUUCCUCAAUGUCCACUUGACAGAUUGUCAAAAGAUAUGACUUGAAAAAAAGGUUUGUUUGAUGGCAGAAACUUUUUCUGCGAAAGAAAUUAUUGUAAAUGUUUUAUGUUAGCCAGUAGACGUUUAUCAGAUUAUUUGGAUUAUGAAAUUCAUAAAUUUUCUAGUCUUUUUUCAUCUAAUGAUCCCCUUAUUUUUGUAGCCACAGUAAUAUGUAUACUGAGACAUAUAUCUAGAUCUUCCUACAUAUGUAAUGCCUCAGUAUAUUUAGAAUACAAACAUUUGUUUUUUUAUGCUAUUGAGCGAGGGGAUAGGAAGCACACCCCCAUAUUUCAAAUUUUAUCCAACAGUGCUUUAGACUACAUUAGAUGAUAAAAAAAAUUGAAGAUUGAGAGGCGAGUGACUAUUUACUCAUAUGCCAAGGAUCAAGAGAGCAAUGUACUUCAUUUCCUCGUAAAAAUUAUUUAUUUAGUGAAUUAAGUGAUGUCUUUCUUGUUUACCUCUAUUUUUGUAUUCCAUCUGAGUGGCUUGUUUUGUUGUAUACUUAUUUGAUGAAAUAUCUUAUAUAACCCACCAAUGAACCUGCCAAAAAUACAAGGAACAUCAAUCAACCCUUCAAAAGAGUUGUUAGAUCCAUAUGUAUCUGAAUCGUGUGCCAUCUACAAGUCAGAAAAUUGCACUCUCAUUGGAUACAGAUUCCAGGGUUAUCAUGCUCAUACUUGAGUUUCUUUACUGGCAUGCUGUUCUUCUUCACUGGUUGCAUUCCGUCUACACAUAUUUGGUUGCCCGUAAGAGAUGGCAAACUGAAUUGGAAGGAAUUUUUUUCCAUAUUUCAAUGGAACAAUGGGGGCACGAAUUAGACUUAUGCAUUCUGGGAUUUAAGCCUUCUCAAAAAGUGUCUUAUUAAGGUGAGAACAUUAGGCGAAGGUUAAGAUAGAAAAAGAUAAUAAAGACCGUUAUUCAUGCAUGGUGCUUUUGCCCGUUCUCUCAUUUUUCCGUAAAUAACAGUUUUUCUGCUUUCUAAGUUUUGUAUAAAAUCAAGGGUAAGAUUUGAUUGUGAGUGAGAAAGACCAAGGUGAGGUCAAACAAAAAUUGGCAUGUGCUGCCUGCAAGGUCUUGUUGUAAGAGGCUCAAAAUGAGCCCUUUCUUGUUAAGGAAGGUUUGGUUUUCCUGAAUCCGGGUUAUGGAUGAUAAUAUUAUUUUAAGCAAAAACUAUGGUAUCUUAUGUGGUAAGAUGUGGCCGCGUGAUGAACUUCUCCCAGGACCCUGUAAGCCAUAUUCAUUAAGUUUUGGGAAAGGCAAUGAAAUGAAAUAUUUUCUUACUGGCAGCAAGUUCAAAAAUCCUUUCUGACUACGAUCUCACUUAAUGGCUUUUUAUGAAGGCGAUAUGAUCACAAAUCAUUUGCUUAAAAGGAGUGUCGUAACUGCUUUUGUUCACAAACGUUCAUUUUAAGUUAUCAGUUGCAUAAUAUUCUCCCAAAUGUAAAUGACUGUCAUUGCAUUCAUUGUGGAAAUGAAGCAUGGGGAUAUUCCUUUGGACAGCAAAUUCAUUGAUCCCUGUCCAAUUUAUAGAGGAGAGAAGAUGAUGCUGAAGUAUAAAUAUAUGUUUGCGUGUUUGGUCUUGUUUUUUCUUUUAUAUAGUUUUCUUCAUCAUACCUUCGGUCUUUUCUUCACGCUUUCUUGUAUAUAUCCUGUCAUGUUUGGCUUCCUAACGAGGGUGUUUAUCCAUAUUUCUUCUUUAUGCAGUACUUAGAUGAAAAUAAGCAGCUGAUUCUGGCAAUUUUGGAUAACCAGAACUUAGGAAAACUAUCUGAAUGCGCACAGUAAGUGACUGCUAAAACUCCGUGCAUGGAGUGUGUGUUCUUAAGAUGGUUUUCGAAUUGUUCAGCAUCUACUGUUUUGAAAAUCAUUCGUUGGUUUUAUACUUAAUGCAAAUUCUAGUAAACAAUAUGUUUGGAGAAGUCUAAGUGGAGAGAACAUGUACUUAGUUCAUGUUGAAGUAAAAUGUCCUGUAGAUGAUGAACUAAGUCCGAAGAAAUGAAUUCCUCUCUUAUGAUAUCUGUGGAUCUUAUAUUCUUGAACUUCAUAGUCCAUUUUGAUUCCAUGAUUUGUUCUCAAUACCUUGCAAGAAAAAAUUUCGUCCACUGAUGUCAAAAGGAAGCGUGCGAAAGAAAUUAGUUAGGGUUGUUUUUUAAUCUUUGCUUGUGAGGUGGGAUUGCUAAGAUGGAGAGCUGUGCAAAGAUACCUGUUGUCUUGGAUACUUGUUGCCUUUGUAUUCAACACUGCUCCUCAAGAAGCCAUUCAGCUGCCUAAUGUGAGAGAAUGUGAUUAUCAACAAGGGGAAGGUUAGCCAGACAAGUGCAACAAAAAAUGUGUAGACAAAACAACGUCUUGAGAUAUGUUGGUAGGGACACCUGUGUGAAGGCCAGUUCGAUGCUCGACUAUGUGGAUUGGCUCAGUUGUCAUGCUACCGUUAGGUCAUGUGAUUUUUGGACGAAAGUCUGUGAUGAGAUGAUUUCAUCCUAAAACUGUUCGAUUAUUUUGAUGAUCGGAUGAAAGCUGCUAUGAUUUUCACAGUAUCUGUGCGGGAUAAUUGACUCUCAGCUUUUGUAGUGUGUCGUUGUUGACAUGACUCUAGUGAGGAUCUGAUAAACAUGCCCCAAUGCUGAAUGACAAGAAAAUUGAGAUCAUCAAUGGAGGUAAAAACCUUGUCAAAGUGGAAACCCAGACAAGAUUCACAUGCAGACAGACAACCUGGUUUGGACGAUGACUUUGCUGAAGAUUGUGAAGUAGGGUUGGUGUUCAUCCCUAUCCCUAUCUACUUCUUUACAGACAAAGGAAAACCUUUGCACUUCUUCUGUACAAAGAUCGUUGGCUCAUUCCUUUACAUGAUUACAAAUGGAUCAGAUGACCUGCCCUGGAUCCUGCUACUUUGCUAAACCAUCUGUUCUUCCUUGCCUGCAUUUGGCAUGCACCAUGAAUGCUCAGCCACCAAACUCAUUAGUCUUUUCGUUUUCUGCCACCUCUCCUACUCGAGGAUCAACGCUUCUGCAAUGAAAUCUUACAGUGCCUGAAUCAGAGGCCAUAUUCUAUACAGGUGUUUCUUUCUUGCAUACCCUCAAGAGAUAUGUUGUCCUAGAACCAUGCCAGCUGAUCAGAUUUGAAUUAGGUAUGCAUUUUUUUCCCUACCAAUAUUAGAACCUUAUACAUACGAUGUAUAGACUGUUUUCAUAUGCACCAUUUGUUGUAAACUGAUUGCCUAGAAUCGACUGAAAAUCUGCCAUCCAUCUCCCAUUUCUGCUUGAAACUUCAUGUCUAUUUGUGUAUGAUAUCUGAAAACUGAAGAGGAGUCAAGGGAAAUAUCCUGCAAAGAUGUGAUCUACAGAAUAGUUCACAUCCUAUGGGUGACUAGUACCUUGACACACUGAUAACGUAUGGUUUUUUACAGCGGAAUAUGUUAACUAGAGCCUAAUCCAUGUCCAAGCAUCUCGGUACGUGGUUCUGAUGUCCCUUAAAGGCUUGCUGUUGGUGUAAUCUUGACGCCAACAGGUAGAGCUGGCUUGUCCGGAUAAUUGGAGUACAUGCGAUGAAAACACCUGAAUUUAACUUAAAUCUCUGAUGAAGGAGGUCAUUUCGUUCUUUCAUGUUCUUAAUGAAAGAAAUCUUCGUUCAAAUGGUACCGGGCAUUGCAUGCACAACUAUGCCAAUCUUAGGGCUGUAAUUGGUAAUGAAUCACUAAGUUUUUUUGCAACCUUUAAAAAUAAAAUGGAUACGACUUUUUAGUAUUGAUAGUGUGGCUUGCGUUGGUAUUAUCAUCUGUCAUGUGUGGAUCUAUCUAUUCUCAUUUGUGCUCAUACAGAUCCUGUCUUGUUUAUUGUUUUUGGAUCAUUUCUCCAAAAUUGAUGGAUUCGAAUCAGGGAUCAAGUUUUUUUGGAAUCCCUUGAUCUGUUUGUGAGGGGAUCCAUGUGGCAUUGCAUGUUUCAGAGAUCAGAUGCGAAACAAUGGACUCCACACAAGUUAAAUGGACUAGAAUGAGAAAGACGUAAUAAAAGCGUGCUGAAUUCGUCUAGAAUGGUUGAAAAUUUUCCGUUGACAAUGGGCUAUCCACCCAUGAUUACGGAGAAAUAUUUUUAUUUGAUCUCUACUGCCAGGAGUCAUUUGUUCAUCAUGUUUUGCCAUGUAUUUACACAGUUGAAGCGUACCCUUAACACUCACCGAUGUAGAGGGUUUAAUAUUUGAUCUGUGCUGUGUAUCAUUUUGAUGAUAUUUUCCUCUGCGUAUAUAUUUUUGGGUAUUAACAAAGUGAGCUGCACGAGAAAUCCUUGAUGCAAUGAGCACGGCGAAGAGAAAAUCAAAGACAAAAAAUCAUCCCUCGUUUUGAGGAAUCCAUGUCAGCCACCAUAUAUAUAUUUCGUGCUCUCUCCUACCCAUCAUUGGUUUCAUACAUUUAUUCUGCUGUUCUUGUCAUCCGGUGGAAUGGACUUGUGAUUUUUUACCGCGGUGGUGAAGGUACCAAGCCCAGCUUCAGAAGAAUCUCUUGUAUCUUGCAGCGAUCGCUGAUGCCCAGCCGCAGAUCCCGGCUGUGCGAGCUCAGGUCAGCUGCGCUUCUUUUAUCUUAUGCUCCUCGUCUGUCGUAUGCACGCAUUUAUCGCUCUUCAUUCACGCAGACGCUUCCUCAUCCGGGAAUGCAACAGGCGCAGACGGGGACGCCAUACAUGCAGCAGCAGCCCGUCUUCUCUCCUAGGCCGCCGUCCGCCAUGCCCUUCAACCCGGUGCAGCAGAUGCAGCUGUCUCAGCCUCAGUUCCAUCGGCCGCCGCAGCUUGUUCCGAUGGAUACGAGGCAGGGGAUCGACAAUGGCGAGGCGAGUCUCGGGAUGAGCAGCGGUGGCUCUGCGCGUGCCUCGGCGGAAGAGCGUGGGGGCGGGGGCGGGGACCGGGAGCAGCCACCGCCGUCGUCUUCGUCGCUGCAGAAGGUCUCGUAG